AUGGCGGACUCAAUUAUCCGCCCGGAGCUCGGCCAAACCCCUGAGCUGGCAAAAAUAGACGUCUUAUUAGUUGGCGAUGUCACUGUUCAGUACCUGGCUGAUAUUGUACAGAAAUUCUUUUCAAAUUUAGCAAAAGUCACCGUCAUCAUUGGUGAUGUGAAGAAGGCAGCAGCACUUGUGGAUGAUUGCACAUUCAACAUGAUUUUUCUGAAGUUGACUUCUUUACCAACUGCCGAGGAGCUGGAAGCUGUCAGAUUAAUUAGAUCUGGCAAGAAAAAAAAUACACAUUUGCUCUUUGUUUUUGUAAUCCCUGAGAACUUUAAAGGUUGUAUUUCAGGUCACGGAGCUGAUAUUACUUUAACUGAACCACUGACAAUGGAAAAAAUGAGUGUUGUGAUAAAAUACUGGAAAACAUGUUUCUCACAUACUGUUAAGAAUGAAAUUUCUGUGAAGCCUGAAGAACCUGAAUUGCCCCUGCAGAAGUCCUGCAGUGAACACCUGAGAUAUUUUUCUACUGAUCUCUUUGCUCGCUCUGAAUCUCUAAGAAAUGACAUUGGGUUUGAAUUAAAGGCUCCGUUGUCAAAUUUCGAGAAAAACAAAAAGAUUUCUCUUCUUCACUCAAGCAAGGAAAAGCUGAGAAGAGAACGAAUCAAGUAUUGCUGUGAGCAGCUGCGUACCCUGUUGCCGUAUGUGAAGGGGAGAAAGAAUGAUGCAGCUUCGAUUCUCGAGGCAACAGUUGACUACGUGAAGUAUGUCCGGGAGAAAAUCCCUCCAGCCGUCAUGGGCCAGAUUACAGAAGUACUUCAGAGCAAUAGGAGGUUUUGUAAGAAACAACAAAUGCCCAUCCAGCUCUCCGCCCCAGGCACGAUUAUGGCACAAAGAGAAAACAGUGUGUUGACAAGCACUUAUUCACCUGUGAGAGGGAUCAGAUUCCUGGCUAAUAAGCGCUUGAACGGGUUCUCUGUUCCUGCCUCCGGGGCUCCCUUGGAUGAAGCUGUGAGAGGUCAGUCGAGCUCUGCGUCAGAGAACACUAUUGGCGCCAUGUAUAAAACCCGAAUCCCCAGCACAGCUCACUCUCUUAAUUCCUUCCGUGCUGUCAGAUACUAUUCUAAAGUCGUCCCUUCCUAUGAUGCCUCUGCCGUAACAAAUCAGGACAUUACGGUACAUUUUCCAACAGCUGUGCCCAAAGUCUCGAAGUUUGUUCCUCAGCACUGCAAUUCUGUGUUGGGCCAGGCAUGUGCAGCACACCCCAACUGUCUGCAACAGUUUUGGGCGUAUUAA